UCAAGAACAGAGAGAGCCUGGGCACUGGGCUUAAAGGAACAGGAUCCCCAUUCCAGACCCCCUCUCAGCUGUCCCGUCUAGCUGCCCCAUCUGGGCCUCCGGCUCUGCCCCCCUGCCCAGAGGACCUCUCCUUCCUGAGGCUGCUGUUUGGCCUCUCCUGGGUGGCCCCUGGGCACUCCCUCAGCAUGAACUGCAUAUCAGACUUCUUCACCUAUGAGACCACCAAGUCGGUGGUUGUGAAGAGCUGGACCAUUGGGAUCAUCAACCGGGCCGUUCAGCUCCUGAUCAUCUCCUACUUUGUGGGGUGGGUUUUCUUGCACGAGAAGGCAUACCAGGUGCGGGACACAGCCAUCGAGUCCUCCGUGGUCACCAAGGUGAAAGGCUUCGGACGCUAUGCCAACAGAGUCAUGGACGUGUCUGAUUAUGUGACCCCACCCCAGGGCACCUCUGUCUUUGUCAUCAUCACCAAGAUGAUUGUUACUGAAAACCAGAUGCAAGGAUUCUGCCCAGAGAGCGAGGAGAAGUACCGCUGUGUCUCCGACAGUCAGUGCCGGUCCCAGCGCUUUGCCAGCGGGGGGAUCCUCACCGGCAAAUGCGUGAACUACAGCUUGGAGCUCCGCACCUGUGAGAUCCAGGGCUGGUGUCCCACCGAGGUGGACACAGUGGAAAUGCCUGUCAUGACGGAAGCAGAAGACUUCACUAUUUUCAUUAAGAACAGCAUCCGUUUCCCUCUCUUCAACUUUGAGAAGGGAAACCUCCUUCCCAACCUGACAGCCGCUGAUAUAAAAACCUGCCGCUUUCACCCCGACAAGGCCCCCUUCUGCCCCAUCUUGCGGGUGGGGGACGUGGUCAAGUUUGCAGGGCAGGAUUUUGCCAAACUGGCCAGCACGGGCGGUGUUCUGGGCAUUAAGAUCGGCUGGGUGUGUGACCUGGACAAGGACUGGGACCAAUGCAUCCCCAAGUACUCCUUCACCCGGCUUGAUGGUGUUUCUCAGAAGAGCAACGUCUCCCCGGGCUACAACUUCAGGUUUGCCAAGUACUACAAGAUGGAGAAUGGCAGUGAGUACCGCACACUUCUGAAGGCUUUUGGCAUCCGCUUUGACGUGCUGGUGUAUGGGAACGCUGGCAAGUUCAACAUCAUCCCCACCAUCAUCAGCGCUGUGGCAGCCUUUACCUCUGUGGGAGUGGGCACUGUCCUCUGUGACAUCAUCCUGCUCAACUUCCUCAAGGGGGCCGACCAGUACAAAGCCAGGAAGUUUGAAGAGGUGAGCGAGACAAUGCUGAAGGUUGCAGCCUCAGCCAACCCAGUGUACCCCAGUGACCAGACCACGGAGGAGAAGCAGUCCACGGACUCAGGGGCCUACUCCAUAGGCCACUAGUGCCUCUUCCUGGGGGCCCUGCUCACUCUUGGGCUCCAGGCCUCCCAGCAGGGAACCUCACCUGCAGAAGAGG